AUGCCGUGCGAGCAGCAGGAGAGCGGCGCUGCCGCCGCCGCCGCCGCCCUCUUCGUGGUCGGGGUGGACGUGGGCAGCACGGUGCUCAAGUGCCACGUAUACGACCGGGCGGCCGCCGUCAGGGGCUCCAGCUAUCGCAAGCUAGAGUCACUUUAUCCUCGCCCUGGCUGGGUUGAAUUGGAUCCUGAAGUUCUUUGGAAUCAAUUUAUUAGUGCAGUAAAGGAGGCUGUUCAAGUUGCAGGACUUCACAUGAGGCAAAUUGCUGGUCUUGGCAUCUCAACACAGAGGUCAACUUUCAUUACAUGGCACAAGAGGACAGGGAAACCUUUUCAUAAUUUUAUAAGCUGGCAAGACUUGAGAUGUGCUGAACUUGCAAAUUCCUGGAAUAGAUCCCUUUUGCUGAAGGUAAUCCAUAUUAUUUUUACAGUGCUUCAUUUCCUGACUAGGAAUGAUCGAUACUUGGCUCCAAGUUCUUUUACUUUUUCAGCAAAACAGGCUUCUUUGAAGUUGUCAUGGGUUUUUAAAAACAUACAUGAGGCUGAAGAAGCUGCCAGAAAAAAUAACUGCUGCUUUGGAACAGUUGACACAUGGUUACUACAUAGGCUGACUAAAGGUUCUGUAUAUGCUACAGAUUACUCAAAUGCCAGUUCUACAGGUGUUUUUGAACCAUUUACGAAAAGUUGGAACCCCACUUUGUCUAGGUUACUUUCCAUACCAAUGUCUGUUUAUCCUCCAGUGAAAGACACAAGCUUCAACUUUGGAUCGUCUGACUCCGAAAUAUUUGGGGUACCUAUUCCAAUACUGGCAUUGGUAGCUGACCAGCAGGCAGCCAUGUUUGGAGAAUGCUGCUUUCACCCUGGGGAUGUUAAACUGACUAUGGGAACAGGUGCUUUUUGGAAUGUCAAUACUGGGGGAAAUCUCUUUUCAUCACGGAGAGGCUUGUAUCCGCUGAUUGGUUGGAAGAUUGGGGAAGAAGUUGUUUAUUUGACUGAAGGCUCUAUAUCAAGCAUUGGCACUGCCAUAAAAUGGGCACAGGAAAUCAAUCUUUUCACCAAUGUAGAUGAAACAGCAAAAAUGUCACGGAGUAUUGUUGAUUCUCAAGGCGUUUGUUUUGUUCCAAGUUUUCAGGUUUCUGUGAAUGAUUCAUAUCUAUGUGCCUCUUUCCUGGGGCUGAAACCUACUACUACCAGAAACCAUCUUGUACGUGCUAUAUUGGAAUCUGUAGCUUUCAGAAACAAACAGCUUUAUGAUAUCAUUGUGAAAAGGGUACACAUUCCUCUCCGAACUAUUCGAGCUGAUGGCGGUGUCAGUAAUAAUAGCUUUGUCAUGCAGAUGACUUCUGAUUUGAUUAAUAAGAAAAUAGAAAAGCCUAUAAUUGCAGAUAUGUCUAGCCUUGGAGCAGCUUUUCUAGCAGGCCUUGCAUCAGGAUUGUGGACUGACAAAGAACAACUAAAGAAGCUGAGGCAAAUAGAAGCUGUUUUUGAGCCCCAGAAGGGCUCAGAGGAAUACAAACCAGCUCUGGAUGCCUGGACACAAGCAAUGCAACGCACUGCACACUGGUAGAAAAAGACAUUUUAAUGGUGGAAAAAUCCAAGUGUUCAAAUUAAUAUUUACUAAACCUUGAAGUUAACAGGACAGUAAAAAAUGAAAUUUGUGAUGGCAUGUAUACAUAAAAUUAUACGGUACUUCAGUAAACCCUCCCCCCCCCAUUGCUAGAUUACUUACCACUCUAUAAUGAACCCCUGUAUCCUCCUCAUGACAGCUGUAGUCCAGCUGCAGCAUUUGUGUCCCUUCAGUGACCUCCUUUGGGUGGCCCAGCUGCUUGAAUCCUAUGACCAUGUACUAGAGAUGGGGAGGUUUUUCCUGUGAUGGGUUUUCUACUGAGGAACUCACCUCCCUUUCUGAUCUUUAAAAGCUUUGAUAUGUUAAUUGUCAAGAAUGUCAAAAAGCACAUAAACUUUUUUUAAGCUUUUCUAAGAAAA